GACUUAGGUUUUUUGCCAUCUUUCUCCCCGUUCCGCCGCUUCCGGUCGGUUUCUCUAUCGCCAUCGCCGGCGUCGUGACCUCCAUCGUGUACCGGAUUCCGUUUCUUCGCAAAGAUGUUUGUCAGCAAUGGAUUCGAGCGUUUACUAUAACAAGCUCGCAUCAAUCAAAGGGAUGGAUUUCGCUGUCGUUCUACCGAUUAUCCUUGACGUUGUGUUGAUUUCUGCGCCAGAAAACUACCGCGCACCGUAGAAAGUGAAGUGGUCUUACCGGUUCAAAUUUUCCAGUUUCUGGCAGCAAUUUCGAUCCUUCGAGAGUUUCAACCUCAGGGAUGAAAAUAAUAAAGGCGAAUGCAGGAUCACUGACGAAUUUCGAGGUGCUCGACUUUUUGAAAUCAAGGGGAGCGUCAAAGGAUCCUACGAGAGUUAUAGCUCCAAUCUCUAGAUCUGAAUACAAGGUCUAUGAUUAUUUGGUGGAGACCCCUGCUUUCACUCAAACCCGAGAGAGUGUCAACACAUUCGCUGAGAAAUGCAAAGGGUUUAAGCUCGCCAAAGCUGAGAUUCUCAAUAUCAUCAAUCUCCGACCAUCUUCCAUUGUUGAUCUUCAGACGAUCGUGGAGAAGCUCGAUGAUAGAGAAAUAGAUACGGAUGGGCUGCUGGAGCUGGUGAAAGAGGUGUUGCCUCCUGUUCCGGGUGAUGAAGGAGCUGUCCGAGAAGAAACAGAGAACGGUGACGGGGAUGGAACAGCCGAUGACGGAGAAGAACCCAUGGAGACAAGUUGAAAUCUUUUCUGUGUAAACUGUAACUGGGAACUCGCAAUGUGUUUCCUUGUUCAUGCAAAAUCUGAAGCUGAAUCCAAAAGUCUAAACGAUUCAAAGAAACUUCGAAAUUGCUCAAGUUUUUGGUAGGAAUUAUGGUUCUCGUUUACUGUAUAAUAGAAUGAUACUAUAUAUUCUCUUAACUGGAGAUUUUGGCUUAA